AUGGCCGAAACGGAGCCUGAGGGAGCGGGACAGAAACAAAAUUAUAAAGGAUAUCUGGCGAGGAUCAACAGAUACCUCACGCAUGCCUUAGCUGCCGUGGCGCCUCUCAAAAACAUUAUAAGCAGUAAAUGUUGCCAACAAACAGAUCAUGAUGAAGGUGUUAUGGAGGAGGUUAACGACGACGCAGUAGCUCUUGAAUGCGAUGAGACGGCGACCAACAGCAACAUGCGAACAAGCUGUGAUCUCGAAGAAAGAUAUGCACUGGUACAGCGGCAGGAUUACGAGCAAGAGGAAGAAAUUAAUAUCCCGUCGAUUGACAUUUCAAAAGUUAAAAGAUGCUUUACUCUUAAUUCUACAGGAAAACACGAAUAUGACCAUCUCACUGAAGAGAGGUUCCCAAGGAAUGAGAAAAGAACUGAAAGAAUCAUGCAAAUAUUUGUAGAAAACUCAAUAUCAUUAGGAAAGAUUGCAAUCGAGGAUAAAAAGGUCAUAUUCGCAGACAAAAUAAUAUGCAACAUGAUCAAAAGGAUACAUGAAAUAUAUGGUGUGGAUAGAAGGGGAACCGACACAAAACUCCACCCUCUUGUAAACUUAAUGAAACGACUGCCGAAAGAUACACCGCAGUCAAUUGUACAAUUGGUCGCAACCGUGGCAGAAGAUGAGGCAUUCAUGACCAACCUUGUUGAAAAGCUUUUAGUCAUCGACCUGUUUACCAAAUUCAACAUGGUAACCAUGAAAAGACACAUACUAGAUUACAAACAACACGUCAUUUCAAGGCUCUGGGCAUCGGCUGUCGAAACAGCCGAUUACGAAUCGGCACAACCGCCGCAAAGCGAGCUAAACACUGCAAGAAGUAACAUUCGAGUGGAUAAUGGCGCGGUCACACUUGAAGAACCGCUUUUAUCCAGUCGUAAAGAUGCUGAAGAUACCAAUACACGACGUACGGCACCACGUGUAGUGAGGAUUAGCGACAAUAACCAAACCGAGGCCAUCAGAGAUAAUGAUUACAGAGUGAGGAGAGCCAAACAGUCGCGAUACUUUUCGUAUGCCACCAAAUUCAUCUACGCACGGAAAUACACCAUGCUCGGGCAACAUUUCAGCAAAAACAAAGUCAAAACAGCUGAUGGCUGGACCAAAGCGUCAUACGGAACACUAGAGACAUUCUAUAAGACCGAAGCUAACGGAUCCAUGUCUGUAAAAGUAAGGGGAAAGCUUCUAACCGAUCUCAUACGUGUCAUAUGCGUCAUCAACGAAACAGACUUAUCGGCAGAGUGGAUUCCAUUCUUAAAGGAGGCUUCAAAUGUACAUGUAUAUUCCAACACAGCAAAGAUAUUCCAACAAACAUACGAUUACCCUGUGGUUGGAAUAAAGCAGACUUCUGUCUUUGGUAUCGCAAUCAACGCACUUGAUGAAUCAGGGUGUUUCAUAUUGGGGUGCAGGGCACCGCCGGAAUCGGAGGCAGAUGUUAGACAACUUACUAACAUAUUGCUUGAAGGAGGAAUACAUGAUACAGGGUCAUUCGUCUCAUUUAGGGAUGGCAAAUGUGUGUUGCUUGGCCAAGAAAUAACGCCUAUUCCGGAAAAAUUGAGACAAAAAUCCGCUGAACUAUGCUUCUUGCUAUAUCCAAUGAAAAACCACACCUUGGUUGAACUGAGUGCUAACAUUGUCCCCGAAGUGAGACUGGUUCCAACUAGGGUUACUACAUAUAUCAUCAAGAAGGUGGUCAUGACCAUAUUUAGAAAAAUUGCACAAAUCAGUAGUAACUUCCAAGAAUCGCCUUUCGCGGCACGAAUGACCCAAAACCAUGAAUUCUACGAUUGGGUCACUAAAAUACAUGCAAAGUACAUGGCAAACGGGGAAAGACAAAACUGCAACAUUAGCAUAAGCACGUACAACGUUAGUGCUCGUGAUGCAUAA